AUGGAAUCGAUGAAUGACUCAUUCAAUGUACAAAUCCAAACUGUUCCCCCCGGGAUUGAGCCUCCACACUCACGGAAGUCGCACCCGAAAAUGGCGCCAGGUCCAUCUGUGCCCUUGGAAAUCAAGUAUGCCAAUGCAUCCGACCUGGGUGCACUCGUGAGCAUUGAAAUCCGCUCUUUCCCUUCGUCCAAUUAUAUGCGCAGCACAUACAAAGGAUGUGAUCCACUGGCAGUCCACACAUUCAAAACAGUCUGUUCCUUGGAGUACUUCGCAAAGUCCGACUGCCAUAUUCUAGCGGGUGUCGACUCUGAAACCGGUGAAACCAUCGCAUACAGUCGCUGGAAUAUCCCAGCUAUUUAUGGGGUUGAAAGAGCCGUCGACACGAGUCUGAGCAUCGAUGCACAGGCGCAAAUGCAGAAUGCGUGGGCGUAUGCCCCGAAGUUGAACAAGGGUACCUAUAUGUUCUACGAGGAGUCGAUAAAGCGGAGUAGGAAUAGACAUCUUAAGCAAACCGAUAUUGUCCUGGAACUACUGUGUCUUACCUGA